GUUAUUCAAAUUUACACACACUUUUGAACGACAUCAAAAGACUCGAUACUCAAAUUAUCAACACAAGAGAUACAACAAUCAUAGGCCAAAUACACUCAGAGAACCUUAGAGAGAAAGAAGUAAUAGCUUGCUCAUCCCAUAAAAGCCAACUAUAUCCAUCCCGCCCUGUGUCUGUGUGCCAUUUGCUGCUAUUUCAAGAUAUAACCAUCAAAAGACAAUAAAUAACAAUCAACACAGAUAUAUCAAUAGAAUACAAUACAAAACAGUUGAAUCAUGAGUCAAAGGGAACCAGCAAUUUCAAAUCUAUCAAGUGCAUUGAAAAAUGUAAAUAUAAAUCAAGAUUUAAGAAAUCCAAAUUUACCAAAUGCUUCAAAUAAUUUACAAUCUUCAUUAUUAAAUAAUAAUUCAAAUUUAACAAGUAAUUCAGAAUCAAGAAUUACAAAAUUUUUCAAAAAUCAACCUUUAGAAGGUUUCACAUUAUUUUCUCAUAGAUCUGCACCAAAUGGGUUUAAAGUUGCCAUUGUAUUGAGUGAAUUAAAUUUAGAUUAUAAUACAAUUUUCCUAGAUUUUAAUAAUGGAGAACAAAGAGCACCAGAAUUUGUAUCGAUAAAUCCAAAUGCAAGAGUACCUGCUUUAAUUGAUCAUAAUGUUGAUAAUUUAUCAAUUUGGGAAUCUGGUUCAAUUAUAUUAUAUCUUGUUAAUAAAAUGUUGAAAGAAUUUGGUGAAUGUUCAUUAUGGAGUGAUAACCUAAGUGAUCAAUCUCAAAUUACAAGUUGGGUUUUCUUCCAAACUUCGGGACAUGCACCAAUGAUUGGUCAAGCUUUACAUUUUAGAUAUUUCCAUUCUCAACAAGUUCCAAGUGCAGUGGAAAGAUAUACUGAUGAAGUUAGAAGAGUUUAUGGUGUUGUGGAAAUGGCCUUGGCUGAAAGAAGAGAAGCUUUAAUUAUGGAGCUAGAUACUGAAAAUGCUGCUGCAUAUUCUGCUGGUACUACACCUUUAUCACAAUCAAGAUUUUUCGAUUAUCCUGUAUGGUUAGUUGGUGAAAGAAUCACUAUAGCUGAUUUAGCAUUUGUUCCUUGGAAUAAUGUUGUUGAUAGAAUUGGAAUUGAUAUUAAAGUUGAGUUCCCAGAAGUUUAUAAAUGGACAAAACAUAUGAUGAGAAGACCUGCAGUGAUACGUGCUUUAAGAGGUGAUCAAUAACCUUUUUAAAAGAAGUCUGUAUUAUUAAUGAAUC